GCAACCAAUACAACACAGCACCUACUCGCUACGCAAGCACUACUGUCGUCCCUGCCUCUGAGGGACUUGUUCUAUGUUAACACCCUUAAGCUAUCCUAUCAUCAACACCGUCUCGUCAAGUCUGCCAGCGCUUCACGCCAUGAGCCAGAUGCUGCUGGAGAAGACAAUGCGCCGGGGCCUCGCCACGGUCUCGGCCGCAGCGAGCUCCGCUGUUGGCCGGCCCAUCCCCAUGGCUGUUAGGCCGUCUUUGACGCUUGGAAACGUUCGUGGCAUGCGCCUGGGUGUUCCGGAGCUGGCCUUCAGGUCGCCGAUGCGCUCGAUGGCCGCUGCCAGCGCGGCCGCUGAGGCCCUCCCGGUGGCACCCAGCCACAGCUGCGCUGCUGACCCCGACAAGCACCCGCACCUGCCCGACCCCCGCCCGAAGCCGGCCGUGGACGCGGGCAUCAACGUCCAGAAGUAUGUGCAGGACAACUACACCGCUUACGCCGGCAACUCGUCCUUCCUGGCUGGCCCCACUGACAACACCAAGAAGCUGUGGAGCGAGCUGGAGAAGAUGAUUGCCACCGAGAUCGAGAAGGGCGUGAUGGACGUGGAUCCCUCCAAGCCCUCCACCAUCACCGCCUUCCCGCCCGGCUACAUCGACAAGGACCUGGAGACGGUGGUGGGGCUGCAGACCGACGCGCCGCUCAAGCGCGCCAUCAAGCCCCUGGGCGGCGUCAACAUGGUCAAGGCGGCGCUGGAGUCGUACGGCUACACCCCCGACCCCGAGGUGGCCCGCCUGUACAGCACGGUGCGCAAGACGCACAACAGCGGCGUGUUUGACGCCUACACGGACGAGAUGCGCGCCGCGCGCAAGAGCGGCAUCCUGUCCGGCCUGCCCGACGGCUACGGCCGCGGCCGCAUCAUCGGCGACUACCGCCGCGUGGCGCUGUACGGCGUGGACGCGCUGAUCAAGGCCAAGAAGACCGACCUGAAGCACAACCUGCUGGGCGUGAUGGACGAGGAGAAGAUCCGCCUGCGCGAGGAGGUGAACGAGCAGAUCCGCGCGCUCAGCGAGCUCAAGGAGAUGGGCGCCGCCUACGGCUUCGACCUGAGCCGCCCCGCCGCCAACUCGCGCGAGGCGGUGCAGUGGCUGUACUUCGGCUACCUGGGCGCCGUCAAGGAGCAGGACGGCGCCGCCAUGAGCCUGGGCCGCAUCGACGCCUUCCUGGACACCUACUUUGAGCGCGACCUCAAGGCCGGCACCAUCACUGAGGCCGAGGUGCAGGAGCUGAUCGACCACUUCGUCAUGAAGCUGCGCAUCGUGCGCCAGCUGCGCACGCCCGAGUACAACGCGCUGUUUGCCGGCGACCCCACCUGGGUCACCUGCGUGCUGGGCGGCACUGACGCCAGCGGCAAGGCCAUGGUCACCAAGACCAGCUUCCGCCUGCUCAACACCCUGUACAACCUGGGCCCCGCGCCCGAGCCCAACCUGACGGUGCUGUGGAACGACAACCUGCCCGCGCCCUUCAAGGAGUUCUGCGCCAAGGUGUCGCUGGACACCAGCUCCAUCCAGUACGAGUCCGACAACCUCAUGAGCAAGCUGUUUGGCUCCGACUACUCCAUCGCCUGCUGCGUGUCGGCCAUGCGCGUGGGCAAGGACAUGCAGUACUUUGGCGCCCGCGCCAACCUGCCCAAGCUGCUGCUGUACACGCUCAACGGCGGCCGCGACGAGGUGUCGGGCGACCAGGUGGGGCCCAAGUUCGCGCCGGUGCGCAGCCCCACCGCGCCGUUGGACUAUGAGGAGGUCAAGGCCAAGAUCGAGGACGGCAUGGAGUGGCUGGCCUCCAUGUACGCGAACACCAUGAACAUCAUCCACUACAUGCACGACAAGUACGACUACGAGCGGCUGCAGAUGGCGCUGCACGACACGCACGUGCGCCGCCUGCUGGCGUUCGGCAUCAGCGGCCUGUCCGUGGUGACCGACUCGCUGUCGGCCAUCAAGUACGCCCAGGUGACGCCCGUGAUUGACGAGCGCGGCCUCAUGACGGACUUCAAGGUGGAGGGCAGCUUCCCCAAGUACGGCAACGACGAUGACCGCGUGGACGAGAUCGCCGAGUGGGUGGUGUCCACCUUCUCCAGCAAGCUGGCCAAGCAGCACACCUACCGCAACUCGGUGCCCACGCUGUCGGUGCUGACCAUCACCUCCAACGUGGUGUACGGCAAGAAGACGGGCUCCACCCCCGACGGCCGCAAGAAGGGCGAGCCCUUCGCGCCCGGCGCCAACCCGCUGCACGGCCGCGACGCCCACGGCGCUCUGGCCUCGCUCAACUCGGUGGCCAAGCUGCCCUACACCAUGUGCCUGGACGGCAUCUCCAACACCUUCUCGCUCAUCCCCCAGGUGCUGGGCAGGGGCGGCGAGCACGAGCGCGCCACCAACCUGGCCUCCAUCCUGGACGGCUACUUUGCCAACGGCGGCCACCACAUCAACGUCAACGUGCUCAACCGCUCCAUGCUCAUGGACGCCGUGGAGCACCCCGAGAAGUACCCCAACCUCACCAUCCGCGUGUCCGGGUACGCUGUGCACUUCGCGCGCCUCACGCGCGAGCAGCAGCUGGAGGUGAUCGCGCGCACCUUCCACGACACCAUGUAAGGAAGUGGCGGCCGGGGCGAGAGCAAGGAGGCGAGCCAGUGACACGGUCUGCUGUGCUAUAAUCUGACGGUUGGCGCAGCGUGCGCAAGGAAUGGGGGCAGCAUCCAUGCUAGGCCGGAGCUGCAAGGCGAUGGUCUGGCCUUGUCUAAGCUUACGCAUUGGCAAGACGUAGAAACAUGCGUGGGCGGCUUUACAUUCCAAGGAACGAAGCAUCAGAAGGAAGGCCGCAUGGAGGCCACGUGCGAGGGUUAGUCGGAUAUUGCCGUGCCCGGCCCGUACUGCGUCGUUGUAGCGGGCGGACUUAAAACGGGCGAUACAGCAGUUACAUCCGUGUGUGAUGAACCACCGUACCAUUUAUCAUUUUAGAGUGUGUGCAGAGUGCAAGCUUAUGAAGAAUAAUACUGGGUAGGGGCGUUGUGGUUCAGGGGUGAUUGCGUGGUACGCGCCCAAUCGGCGCUGUGUGAUUGAGAGGACGUGAUCCUGACACAGGGCAUAUUGAUAAGUCAAUGACAGCGAGGCGGCCUGGUUAGGGUGCCUUCUGCCUUGGAUAAGCCCUAACUGUGGUUCUUUCGCUGUGUUAGGGUUAGGUGUGACUUGCAUGGUGCAUUGAGCCGGGUGAGCGAGCGUGUGCAAACUUCGUACGGCCAGUGAGCCAGAGAUGCGUCGAGGCGAUGAGCUACUCAAGCAAUCGUGUAACUCGAUUCUCGCUACAGAGGACUUGGCACAUCGGUGCACCCACGCCGUGGUCCACCUGGGGCCGCAUGGCCCAUAAUGA